AUGGGGUCUCCGAGUACAUUGCCUGAUGCCUUAUUAUUUGUUCUUUCAGUUUUUUUCAGGAAGAUCUUCAUUUUGCAACUGGUAGGGCUGGUGCUAACCCACAAUUUCACUGACUGUGACUUUGAGAAGAUUAGAACAACUUAUCGGGAAGUAAUUUUCGGAAAGCUGAACUCAUAUAUGAAUGGGACCAAAUGUACCCUGUGCAACAACUAUGUUUACUGUAAAGACCGGCCGGAUUGCCUCUCUAAAAUCGUGCUCCUUACGUUCUAUCCCACCCACGGCUGCACGUCACUCGCCAAGGAAAUCUUCGCAAUGAAAACUAAUGCUACGCUCACUCUCCAGUGCCCAGGCUACUCCGGAAUUCGGGUAAGCGGAUGCCGCGCACUUUUACUUUUUAAUAUCUUAGAGCUAACCUUGUAUCAAAGCGGGGUUUCCGUGCAAUGCAAAAGUCGUUGUGAUUUUUAUUCAGUUUCUAUCUUUCGACGAGCAAAUGAACUGGGUAAAAGCUGUAGACCCACGUUGACGUCUCCACCCAGAUCCAACUAUUUCGAGGGUUCUGAUUCUUUACGCAGAAUUAUGGUUCUAAACCUUAGGCCAGUGUUUCAUGGUAUGAUUACUGAGCCUCCUAUAUCGGAAUGUCCUGGCUGCUUGAGCGUGGGAAGGUGA